AUGAUGCGUAUUGCAGAGUCAGAAGGAGGUCCUGCAGCUGCCGUGGUUCAAUGGAGCAUUUCACAUUCGGUCAGUCAUAUUCAAGACCUCUCGGACGGCAUCACUCUUUUCGAAGUUGCUUCCAACAUUGACUACAAAUGGUUCAAGUUAAUUCGUUCAGCAGAUGUAGGCGACAAUUGGGUCCUUAAAAUCAACAAUUUAAAAAAGCUCUAUAAGCUCAUAUCUCGUUACUAUGAAGAAAAGCUAGGGGUUUCUUUUUCAAAAUUGCCUGAAAUCAAUUUGAAUGCCAUUGCUAAAGACUCAGAUCCACAUGAAAUCAUUCAGUUAUGUAAAUACGUACUUUACAUUGCUGUGUGUUGUCCAGACAAUAGUCAGUACAUUCAAAAUAUCACCCAACUCAGUAAUGCUAGUCAAGAAAACCUCAUGUUCUUUAUCGACGAAAUUAUGCGAUACACAAAAGAUGACCAACCCAUGGAACCUCAACAAGCAUCUGAACAUGAUACCCAAAUGCAUUCUUUUGCAGAUGAAGGAACAUACAAAAGUGAAUUGACUCGAAUUGUAAAAGAAAAAGAAGAACUUGAGAUUCAAAACAGGCAAUUGAUUGACAAACAUUCUGAACUCUUGACUCGCUAUGACAGACUAGAGAAUGAAAAACAAGACUUACAAGCAAGACUCAAAGACAUGGACACAGCAGUAGCUCAAGCCAAUGAAACAGGUCGAGCUGAUUUUAUUAUGAGAACAGAAAUUGAGCAUUUAAAACAAGACUUACAGCGAAGUGAAGAUACACGUCAAGAACAAGAAAGAAGAUUGGACGACCAGACCUUUCAAAUCAAUGAUUUAACAAAAAGAAAUGAAGAACUUACUAAAUACGCUGAACAAGCAGCAUUAGAAGAUCAAAAUCAUACCUUGAUGGAUCGAAAUCAAAAGAUUGAAGACGAGUACCGCAAUGUACUUGCCUUCAAAACAUUGAUGGAUUCUUACAAGGAUCAAGUCACUAUGCUGGAAACAAAGAACAAUGAGUUGGUGAGAGAAAAGAACAAGUUGGAUUAUGAACUUGUGCAGAUGACCAAGAAGAUGGAGUUGUUGGAAGCAGAUCGUGAAAGAGACUCAGACCGUAUUCAGACAUUAGAAGAGAACCUUCAAGAAGCACAGCUUGGUAUGGGUUCGCUUGUAGAGAGACCUACGGCAAACAGAACAUCAGAAGCUGAUACAGACGAUAUAAUGGAGAUUGAUGAUGAAUUUAAUCUGAAUGAUUCUCUGGAAGAUUCAUUAAAGGAAUCCAACGUCACUGAACUUAAACUGUCCAAACGUCGUUUAGAACGUCAAGUUAAAACACUCCAAGAAGAAAAUGCUCAAGGACGUAACCAAAAAGCAGUUGUCUUACAACACUUGUUGGAUGAUGCCAAUCGUCUCAAAAAUCAAUUUGAAAAGAGUUACAUUGAAGUCUCUCAAGAACGAGACAUUCUUCAGAGUGAUAUGGCACGCAUUCGUGAAGGUAUUCCUGAUGCUCUUGUCAAUCAGAACCAACACACACUUUCUUUGCGUCUUCGUAUUGUCGAACUCGAAAAAGAAAUCAAGUCUCUGAAUGAAACUGUCAAGAAGCUUGAACAAAAGAUUGCUGAAGGACGGUUCAGUGAUGGAGAAGAAGGUGGUGAUUUCCAUGCAAAAUAUGUCGAGUUGGAAAGCAGAUCGAAGCAAUUGGAAGAACAGACCAAGAAGCAAUUGCAGGAUAUCAACAAGCUCUUGUUAGAAAAGGAUCUGCUGCAGGGGCAAAGCAUUGAGCAAAAGGAUCUCUUGUUGGAGAAAGAACGCUUGAACAGUGAAAUGAAGGCUUCCUUGGCCGCAUUUGAAGCUAAGGGAGAUGAACCAUUCAAGCAACAAAAUGCUCAUUUACAACAACAAUUGAUUCAGUUGCAAGAAGAAUUACAUGAAGUCAAGACAAAACUCAAGAAAGCCAAAGAGUUUAUCAAGCAACAAGACAAAUUGUUCAAAGAUAGUAAGGAACAAGCUCUGGAUGGUAAUAAAAAUGAAGCUAUUUCUUCUAUGAAGACAGAGAUUGCUAUGCGAGAAGAAGAGAUUGAAAAACUUAAGAAGUUCUUGCAAGAGACACGUAUUCAAGCCCGUCGUGAGCAACAAUUGAUGAUUUCUGCUUGGUAUGACAUGUCUAGAAGAACUAACAAGGAAGUUGUGAACAAAACCUUUCCUAAUUCAUGGCUUGGUCAACAAAGACGUACUUUAGACAACCAACUGAAGCGUCGUUAA